UUAGACGUUUAAGGUUUAAUUUUAAGAAAAGAAAAGAAUCAUUUAUUGCAAUAUAUUUUGAUAUGGUUUAAAACUAGCACUAUUGAGAGAAGGUUGGAAGGUUGGUUACUUUUAAUUCUGUAAUUAUGCAGGAUAUUUGCCAGUAUCCGUAGUUGUUGUCAAGGUUAACAUCAGUAUGUUUCAUUUUAGAUUGUAUGUUAAAAUAAAAAAUGAAUACCACGGACGAAAAACAGCUAACUAACGACGACAUUAAAAACUACUGGAUGAAAAAUCCUCAACAAUAUGUUGUCUGGCAACAACAAUAUGCUGCAAGUUUGCAGGCUGUUCCGCAACAGCAAACUUCAGUAGCUACGUCAUCAAAGACAAGUGGUGUACCAGGCGCACAACAAACGAUAAAUGCACCAACAAAAACAGGAGACACAUCGGGUUUGAAACAAACAGGAAGUACAUCAAAUACGGAACAAACAGGAAAUGUCCCACUCCCUCAAGAAAAUGUUAAAUCAGAAAAUGUUGCUAACACACCAGCAAAACAACAAGCUGCAUCGAAUGGACAUCGGAACAAACCUCGUCCACCAGUCAAUGAAGAAGAUAUAGCGAAAGGUUAUUUCUAUUUACAACCAUGUGCUGUUAGUGUGAUGAAGAAGUAUUUUUUCGAAACCUGUCACUCAAUAAGUGACGUUCUUGCACUGUCUGAAGAGCAAUCACGAUUUCAAUAUUACUUCUCCUGGAAGAACUUUGCAUUUGCUAAAAAGCAUUCAAAGAAGAAACCAGCGUCGUUGCGGACUGGUAGAGCCUUCAAUUGUAACGGUUGUGAUGAAUUUUUUUACACAAAAGACGAGAUUACUGCACAUUUAAAAACUAACCGCCAUAAGGAGAUUCGAAAAAUUUAUGAUACGUUAAAGGUGUUAGGGUUGGAAUGGUACUCAUGCAGAAGUAAGCCGAAUCAUGUUUUGAGUGAUGAGGCUUUAAUAGCGGAAUCAUCAGGUAUUGAGAUAUACACGUCUGAGACUGAACAAGACCAAGUAAGAAAAGCACAGUCGCGCAGGACAAUUCCCAUCACCGAAGAAAUAUUUCUUGGCCUCGACCCAUUGACUAUGAGUGAAGACGAUUUCGUGUGGGCAGCAUAUGAAAACAUAAUGGACGUCCAUUGGCCGAAACCUACCACGCCUCACAGUUGUCAAUGUUGUAAUUUCAUUUCGUUCGAUAAAGCUGAGUUGCUUGAAGAACAUAAGCAAACAAGCAAACAUAUGCAAUCACAGUUGGAUUAUGAUGAUAGCUGGUGUGUGACAUGUCAUUUUCACACUGGUUCAAACGAAGGUCUUGAAAGACACAAACAGACACCUCGCCAUUUGAUGAUGAAAAGAUUGCUCACUGACACACGCACAUAUGCAUUGCGAUUUUACAGAAAGACUUGUGGCCUUCAGCAACAUGCAGAAAUGGAGAAGGGACGACAUCAGCAACUUUUCAGUUUGCAUUUGGAAAAAGAAAUGAGAAGGGCGAAACGCCCCCUCGCUUCACCAGACGACGUAUCAUUGAGUUGGAGGCGUCCCGGUGAGACCGACGAUAGUUUUAAUCCGCAUACUCCGAAACGCGCAUUCCAUGACGAUAUGUUUGACCGUCGUCGCCCAGUCCGUCCCUUUCAAGAGAGAGAUCGUCCGCCAAUGGGUUUAAAUUAUCCGCCGCCAAUGGACUUUAACUAUCCACCGCCAAGAAUGUUGCCGCCACCACCUCUUAUGGGCGGUGAAUGUCCACCACUCCCACCGUUAAUGGGUGAUAUGCCUUAUUUUGGUGACUACCCGAACUAUCCUAAACAGUUCUGAGAAAAACAAACAUUCACAGAGCCGUCUUUUCAUAUUUCUUGGUAACCACGAAAUAAUAAUAUUGUCGUUUGAACCACUUUUUGGCUUGAUGAGAAAAAGGCGACAAGAACUCCAGCACUUCAAACCUUUUUAGCGCGUGUUAAAAAGAUGAAUUUAAACUUUAAAAAUUGUAUAAAUGUUUUGAAAACUUUACCCUUGUGGAAUAGAGAAUGUAGAAAUA